AUGAGUGAAUGUUUGAAAUAUCAAAAGCCAAAUGAAAAAUGCAUGAGAUUUGCAAUUAUUUCACAUAACAUUGAUUUUGUCACAUUCUUGAUGAAUGAGUACAAUAUACAGAUUGAUUUGUUUCAAUGCGGAUUCAAUAAUAAUCUUGAUUCUUUUAUUGUUUAUUUCGAUCAAACUAAAGAUCUCAGAAGAAGUUUCGUUUAUUCAUCAAUGUUUAAUAUUCCAUCUCUUUGCGAUUAUUUCCUUUCACAUGGUGCUAAAAUCAAUGCAACAGAUGAAGAUAAGGAAACAGUUCUUUUUAAGGCAGCAAAUAAUAAUAAUAAGGAAAUUGCCGAGUUUCUUAUUUCACACGGUGUAUAUAUCAACCAUAAAAGUUUAUAUUACAGAACAGUACUUCUAAUUGCAGUGGAUAAUAAUAAUAAAGAAUUAAUUGAACUUUUAAUUAAACAUGGUGCAGAUAUUGAUGAAAAAUUGCAACAUGAUGAAACAGUUCUUUAUUUUGCAAUAAAUAGCAAUAGAAUUGAAGCAGCAGAAAUCCUUCUUUCACAUGGUGCAAACAUCAAUGAAAAAAAUAAAUAUGGAGAAACUGUUCUUCAUAAAGCAAUAAAAAAUAAUAAUAAAGAAAUGGCCGAAUAUCUUCUUUCACAUGGUGCAAACGUCAAUGAAAAAAAUAAAUAUGGAGAAACUGUUCUUCAUAAAGCAAUAAAAAUGAUAAUAAAGAAAUGGCCGAAUAUCUUCUUUCACAUGGUGCAAACGUCAAUGAAAAAAAUAAAUAUGGAGAAACUGUUCUUCAUAAAGCAAUAA